AUGCAUGAAUAUGCUUCCAAAUUACAAGUUGGGAAAAAGUAUUGUUUCAAUGGAAGUAAUUUAGAAAAUACCAAGAUUUUGGUCGCUAGGAAUGGCGAUAAAAAAUUAGAUAUAAACAAUUCUGCUGAUAAUAUUCCAGAAAUAAGAGUUUUCAAAGAAGAACCCGAAAUAAUUACCCAUGGACCAGUAACACCGAAAAAGCCACUUUCUUCCACAAUCAAAGAAAAAAUACUUCGUAAUUUAGAUAAAAUAAGUUUCGACCAAGCCGGACAUUUGGCUAAUGCUGAGUUACUAAGAGACCCUCAAAAUGAAUAUGGAACUCAACAAAAAGAAAGCAAAGGAGUUUAUCAAAUAAAAAUUGACAAUGAAGAAAUAAAUCUACGAGAUUUUGACAGGCUUGAGAAUGAAAAGAGACGUCGUAAAGAAGCCACGGCUCGCGUUUAUUUAAAAGAAGGAAAAGGACAAGCCCAAGUCCGAACUAAUGACGGAAAGGAAAAGGAUCUUAAAGAUUAUUUUUACAUGGAACCUUCCCUCUGUGAGAAUAUUUAUCAGCCUCUUAAAUUAUUUAAUAAAGAAAACGAUUAUGACUUUUUUGUGCGGGUAAAAGGAAGUGGCUUUCAUAGCCAGGCCGAAGCCAUUAGAUUAGGUAUUGCCCGGGCUUUAUUAAAAAUUUCACCCGAAUAUAAAACGACUUUGAAAAGUUUUUCAUUACUAACGCGGGAUGCUCGUCGAGUAGAAAGAAAAAAAAUUGGUUUAAAGAAAAGUCGCAAGGGACCUCGAUUCUCCAAGCGUUAA